GAAUGAGCGUUCGCACAAAUCGCAGUCAACAAAGAGCAUGCGCAUCGUAAAGUUGUGCGCACACGCAUUUACGUAUAUUCUAAACAUAUCAAAGUUGCGAAGUGAAUAUAAUGGGUAGUGAAGUAGGAAACAUAAAUGACCUCAGUGUCGGAAAUUAUGUCGUGUUCACGGAUAUUACAUACAGAAUAUCAGGUAAUAUUUGGUCAAAGAAAAAGGCAUAUCCUCGCGAUGAUGAGCAAGUAAUUUUGGACGCAGCAUGCGGCGCGCUGCGCCCGGGUCGGCUCACCUUCAUUCUGGGGCCCUCCGGCGCAGGCAAGACCUCGCUGCUCAAAAUACUGGCUGGCAGAAAAAAACGUGGUGUUAAAGGUUCAAUUCAAGGGAUAGGCAAGAACGCGGUGUUGGUGGCACAGCACGCAACCCUCAUAGACGCCCUCACCGUGCGCGAAACACUACAUUUUGCUGCCGUGCUCAAGUUACCCAAAGCAACUCGACUUGAACGCUAUGAUACGAUAGAAAUGAUAUCGAAGCAGCUGGGAAUUCGCGAUGUGUUCAACACGCGGGCAGGUCGACUGUCCGGAGGAGAGCGUAAACGGCUUACCAUUGCAUGCGAACUUCUCACAGACCCACAAAUCAUGCUUCUCGACGAACCAACUAGUGGGCUCGAUUCAGUGUCAUCGCUGUCGGUGACGAAGGCGCUGCAGGCGGUGGCCAGAACUGGCCGGACGGUCGCAUGCGUCAUCCAUCAACCCUCUUCUCAGCUGUUCUCGUCCGCUGAUGACGUCAUGCUGCUUGCAAAUGGUCGGACUCUAUACGCCGGCAGCAUAGAAGAUUUGCCCAACACACUGAAAACUGCCGGACUGUUUUGCCCGCGCUACUAUAAUAUGGCGGAUUACCUAAUAGAAAUCGCAAGCAACAAACACACAGAGAGCUUGGCAGUUUUAGAACAUGAAGCCAAACUUUACGCAACAGAAAUGAGAAAAAUCGCUGACAAUGAUAACUCGGCAAAGAAUGAAAAAAUUAUUGAAAUCUCAAAUGAAGCUGAGGCACUAUUGAACGUAAACACAUUAAAUGUUCGCGACUACGCAGCGUCUUAUGGCCAGCAAUUGAGGGCCCUACUAUGGCGCGGAUACAUUGGAGCCUUACGAGAUGUGCAUUUGACUCAGAUACGUUUGGUGACACAUCUCCUGGUGGCAUUGCUAUUGGGCGCGUUGUACAAAGGUGCAGGCGCUGAGGCACACCGCAUGAACACCAACACAGGCUGCUUGUUCUUUUUCCUGAUGUUUAUCUUCUUCUCUAACGCUAUGCCAACUAUACAUAAUUUCCCAGUGGAAUCUACGGUCGUACUUCAAGAGCAUUUAAAUAAAUGGUAUUCCUUGACUAUGUAUUGCGCGUCAAAGAUUUUAGUUGACUUACCAAUACAGUUAUUAUGUGCAACAGUUUUCAUAUUUCCGGCUUGGUACUUAACAUCCCAACCUAUGGAGCUGGAUCGAAUGGCUUUGGCGUGGAUGAUUUGUGCUCUUACCACAAUACUAGCUCAAACAUUCGGCUUAGUUAUGGGAGCUGCUUGUGGUGUAAAGCUUGGAAUGUUUGUGAUCCCGGCGACUAACAUUCCCAUGUUAAUGUUCUCAGGAUUUUUCAUCCCUUACCACGAAAUGCCAGUAUAUCUUCGACCGUUUGCGCUCAUUUCGUAUUUCCGAUACGCAUUCGAUGCAUUUCUAUCAACGGUUUAUGGUUUCGACAGGCCGAACCUACCUUGCCAUAAAGAAUUUUGCUUCUACAAGAAUCCUAGCAAGUAUCUUGACUUUUUAGGAUUGUCUAAAGAUUUUUACAAUGACGUUAUUGUUUUAUUGGUGUGGAUUCUUGUAUUAGAAAUAUCCUUAAUAUGCGUUUUAAAAUACAGAGUAUAUAAAGCAUGUAGAUAGAAUUAUUUAUGUCAAUGUAUUAUUGUUCUUACAAAUUUUCGAUCUGUGUAACGCAUAAUUUUUACAUCUAUUUUAACGUCUCAAUUUAGUUUGUAAUUUUAUAUUUCUACAUU